GGUGGGAUGGUAACCAGUAAUGGUAAUUUCCCAUCUUCGUUGUGGAUCUAUAAGGGACAUGAGGUCCUAUUUCUAAUUUUAUGCUAAUAAAAACGUAAGAGCUAGGGAAAACAGUGAGGUCCCCUUUUUCGCUGCAUGGAAACGCACAAAUCAAAGAAAAUAUAACAGAGCUCGCAUGGUCUCAUUCUAUAUAAAGCACCAAGGUUAACCAACUCUUUGUUUUAUUAUUUUGCACUCCCAUACACACAGUAGCGCGCACACACUCCCCACCCCAGCAUUGCUUACAGAUUCUCCACCUUUAAAUAAAACCAAUCACUUCUUACCCGCCAAGCUAACUUUCUACCAAAGAACUUGUCAAAUUGCCCUGCUUUGCCUCCUUCACUCUUCAGCCUACCCGUCUAAGAGAAGAGCUCCAUGCGCACAUUGCUCCUCAAGAUAACAACAUGUCUGUCCUGAGUUCUUUUCACAUCUCCAUUUUGAAUGGCCAGCUAUUAUUCUUUAUUGAAAAGUAGUGGGAGCAGCGAGGAUAAAACAUGGGGAGGGGUGGUAGGAUUUUGAGGGCCCUAUUAGGAGCUGUUAUAUUUUGGGGGGUGAUUUGGUUCUUGUAUGUUGGAAUCCUACCAAACCAUGCAACGACACUAAUGGCAAGAAUUAGAGUUCCAGCAGCCGGGACUUUCCAGCAUCUGAAGCUAUCUGGAAGAGAGAGUCAUCUUAUUCGUCAUGACAUGGAUCUCAAUUAUGUGAGCAAGAGAAGAGUGCCCAAUGGACCUGAUCCUAUUCACAACAGGAAAACAGUCCAGUCUAGACAACCACCUGGUCAAUCCUAAGUUUGAAGCGACCAAGAACCUUUAAACUUGCGAGGAAGAAUCACAUCCAUUGAGUUUUAGGGCUGCAUGGAGUACUGCUAGAUUUCAGUGGAAAAAUCACUCUUUGUAUUCAACUAAAACAUUGUCAUUGCUAGGGGCUGUGAGUGCACAGAUAUGUUAUGCUUGGAUUUCCUGCAGUUUAUAUAUUUGGAGUUUGUUGAGUGAUUACCGUAAUUAUUAGUGCUAUAGAAUUUGGAGACUAUCCCAUGAUUUUUGUUCAAA